AUGUCAUCCAACAGAGCUCUUAGUGACGAGCAGGUCGAAAAUGAAUUGAAGAAGAUGGAGGUAUUCAUAAAGAAGGAGGCAGAAGAGAAAGCCAAAGAAAUUAGAUUGAAGGCUGACGAGGAGUAUGAAAUUGAAAAGGCUUUGAUUGUUCGUUCGGAAGCCAACGCAAUUGAUUCUCUAUAUGAUGAUAGAUUCAAGAAGGCCUCCCUUGCCCAACAAAUUAAAAAGUCUACCAUAGCAAAUAAGAGUAGGCUGAAGGUGUUGGGAGAGAAGGAGAAAAUUUUGGAUGAUAUCUUGGAAACCACACAAGCUAGACUAAAAGAUAUUUCCAAAGACUCCGCUGCAUAUGAAGAAGUUCUUGUGGGCCUGAUUGAAGAAGGUGUUCUUGCUCUUUUUGAAAAGGUGGUUACCGUACGUGUUAGAAAACAGGAUUUAAAGGUUGCCAAAAAAGCAGCUGAAAAAGCAGCAAUUCAAUUCGAAGAAAAGGCCAAAUUUCCUGUUCAGAUUGCAGUCUCCGAAAGCGAGUUUUUGAGUGAUGACUUAGCUGGUGGUGUUGUCUUGGUUAAUGAAGAUGGACGAAUUGAAGUAGACAAUACUUUGGAAGAAAGAUUAAAGUUACUGUCUAGUGGAGCCUUGCCAGCUGUUAGGUUAGAGCUGUUUGGUAUCUCCAAAACUAGAAAAUUUUUUGAGUAA